CGUUUUUAAAAAGGUGACAUUAAACAAAGCGGUACGAAAAAAGUUCACUGUGGUGAUAGUGGAUAUUGAUAUACUUUGUCCGUAGAUUCUUUCAAAUUCAAAUUAAUCUGUGUUACGAUGUCGGCGAAGCGUGAAAUUGAUGAAGUUGAAGAUGCUGUCGAGUCUGCAAGUGCCCCAAAGGCCUUAAAGUCGGAAAGUAACGGUGGGAAAAAGAAAAAGGCCAAAGACUCUGACGAUGAGAACGGCGUUGCUAGUGAUGCCGAAGCCGAAGACGAGGAAGACAAAAGUGACACCGAGAAGGAGGACGAACUUCCAUCGGUCCCGGUCGAAAUACCCGAGAAGGAGAAGGGGAAAGUCCUCACAUCUGAAGGAACCGGAGUAGUCCUCAUUUGUGGAGGAACAAACUGGGAUGCAGCAGGUCGCAAAACUGCUCCAAAGGGAGGCAAGAAUUCCGGGCCAAACCUGUGGUCCCCUCAUCGAUUCCUCCCAUUUGCCAACAUUCGAGUGCGACUGGUUGCAUCAGGGCCCACAGCUGCUCACAGCAUUGUCAUUACAGAAGAAGGGAAAGCCUAUAGUUUUGGACGUAAUGAGAAAGGUCAGCUAGGCCAUGGAGAUGAAGUCCGCCGAGACAUCCCAUUGAUUAUUGACGCCGUCAAGGAUGAGGUCAUUGUUGGAGCAGCUUGUGGUAGGAACCACACUCUCCUUGUAUCGGUGCGUGGUGAGGUGUUCUCCAUGGGUGACAACAAAAACGGUCAAUGUGGUGUGAAAAACUCCUCUCAAGCCACUGUCCCUACUGCAACUCCUAUUAACUACAAAGGUGCACCAAUUGUGAAGGUUGGUUGUGGUGCUGAAUUCAGCAUUAUUUUGGAUUGUAAGGGUGCAAUGCACUCUUUUGGUCUGCCAGAAUAUGGUCAACUUGGUCACAAUACUGAUGGAAAGUAUUUUGUAACCAGUACAAAGAUGGGCUUCCACUGUGAGAUGGCUCCUAAGCGUAUUGUGUUUUUCAUUGAGAGGACAAAGGAUGGCAAGAUUAAACCAGUGGAUGUGGAUGAAAUAAGGGAUUUCUCUUGUGGCACAAAUCAUACGUGUGCUAUUGAUUCCCGUAAGCGUCUAUUUUCUUGGGGUUUCGGAGGACUUGGACGUCUUGGACAUGCUGAGCAAAGAGAUGAGAUGGUUCCGAGGCUAAUCAAGUUCUUUGAUUCACAAAAUAGAGGUGUUCGUAAUGUCUGGUGUGGAUCAUCCUACAGCCUUGCUGUUAAUGAUUUUGGUGUGAUGUACAUGUUUGGUCAAAACAAACGCACUGGAGAAGCCAACAUGUAUCCUAAACCCAUCCAAGAUUUGACUGGCUGGAAUGUACGAUGUGUUGGUGUUGCCAACACAAGUAUUGUCUGUGCUGCAGAUGACAGUGUCAUUGCUUGGGGCUCCAGUCCCACAUCAGGAGAGCUGGGAUUGGGUGAGAUGCGCAAAUCAAGCACUACUCCCCUGGAGGUGAAAGCUCUUGAUGGCGUCUACGUGGAACAAAUUUCAUGUGGUAUGACCCACACACUUUUCAUUGCUCGUGACAAAACUGAUGAGGAAAAACAAAAAAUAGAAUCUCUGGAAGGCUAUAUGCCUGCAUAAUAUUUUGUUUAAAUUAAAUUAAAUGCUUUUUUUUUUUUUGCAAUUUUCAUAAUGAAUUAAAAAUUGUAAUCUUACUUUUAUUCAGGAAGUGAGUGCAAUCAUUACACUUCUUACUGUAAUUAUCUACAUACAAGCCAAGUGUUACUUUUAAAGGAGGGUAAAAUUAGACAUCAGAGGGUGUUCAUUGAAUUAAGAUUUUCAGCAUCCUUACAUUGCUGAGCCAGUCAAAGAUAGCCCUUCUUGCAUUUGUUUGAAACUACCGUUUCCACGGGAAGGGGGGAACUGGUACGGGCGGUUAAGCGAGGUGGAGGGGGUCGAUUUAACGGUGACAAGAAGGGCCACCUGUAGCUGGUUCGAUCAGUUGAGAAAAAUAUGACUGCUUAUAUGCUGGUAAUUAUGGCACCUUUCUUCUGUUGGAGGAGAAAUAAUUUUUAAACUUUUGUGAAUGGAAUGAGCUUUGUUCCAUUCCUUUCAUAUGCAAAGAAGGCUGCUUAAUUCAGUCAAUUGUACUUAAAAUGUAGUAAUGAUGGUACUUAGGGAGCCACCCAUCAUUUACUUGGAAGAGCUUAUUUUAUGUGUUGGACGUCUUGCGUCAUGUAACAGGCACCUCCCGUAUUUUCUUUCACCAUCACUAACUUAUUCAUUUACUGUAUUAUCAUAUACAUUCGUGAGGUUAGCAGUAUACAAGAUGAAGUCUCAUCUGAAUUGAAAUCUCACUUGUGUAUGUUUGUCCAUUUGGGUUCUGGUGAUUCUUAAUUUUCACAUCUUACUGUCCUAGUAAGAUAUUAAAAAAAAUCUAUUGAGUUAAGAAUGUGCUCUUUAAUUGUUUUAAACUUACUGGAAUGAUUUAAGUUUAUUGCCAUGAGUACAAAGGUGUGCAGUCAGCUUUAAUUUUUAAAUGGGCUUUCAAAAAUUAGGUAAAAAUGUGAAGUGGAAAAAAAAAGAGGAAAGCUUUUGGUUGUUCACUUUUUUUAUUGGUCAUAUUAAGUUACAGUUUUUAACUCUUCUUGUGAUCUUAAGCACUAAUUGAUUUUGUGAUCUUAGUUCAUAUAAUCAUUCAUACUAAUUCAGUGCUUGCCUGAUUUCUGCAUUGGGAUUAUUGCAAUGUUUUCCUCGUUCUUAGGCCAUCCAAGAAAACCCUCUCUUCAUAUGUUUCUCCUAGCACCAAGUUUCUUGAAUCUUUUAUUGUAAAGGACUUGGUUUUUGGUAUUUUUGUUUUAUAAGAAUGCAUUUUGUUUGUAAUGGUAGUAUAAUACGUAAUUCAUCACAAUAUGGUCUAGAGCCAAAAAUUAAGUUAAAGUCGUGGGAACUCUUUACGUUGGUGGUAAAGGUUUCAGCAAAAUUAGUGUAUUUAUGUUCUUGACUUAAAUCUCAUUCUGAAAGAGCAAUGUUACUACUUAAAACUUACUAGUAAGUGUUUCUUUUUUUGUUUGUACACUUUCUUUAGAUUUGAUAGCUUUUUUUUAAAUGUGAUAUUUGGUCAAUGUCAUAGGCUAUCAUGUGACAUCUUUUUCUGUCUGUUUCAUCUUAUCGUUAUAAGUCCUGUGUGUAUUAUUUUGAUAUAUUUACCUAAACUCAGAUUUCCCUCAUGUGUGUGUGUUUGUGUGCUGUGACAUUCAUAAGAUGAUAUAACAAUAAGACAAACUGGUAUUUCUGCAUCUGUCAUAAAUGAAAUGGUCUCUCUUGAAAUAGUAUCAUCUUCCAGUGAGCCUUCUGCCAUAGGCACUGUACCUUAUAUAGCUUAGCAUCAUUCAUUCUUGAAGUCGAUCAGUAUUAAAAUGCAAGUCUAUCUUUAGUUUUGGUUGCAUUUGAAGAUCUCAUGAGGUGGGGUUCGUAAUGUUUCAGGACAGGAGAGCAAAGUAUGAAUGAUGAUGGUUGGACCAUUUUAUACAACAAUUUAUAGAACCCAUGUUAUUGAUAUGGUGGUCUUCUUAAAUGCCAAACUUAGACUGUCCUCUGAGAUAUAUUUUACAGUGUACCUUAUCUACCUCUUGCCCUCUUCAAGUUGACCUGUUAUGUAUUUGUACUUGAUUACUCCGUAAGAAAUUUAUUAGCUGUUACAAAAUUAUCCAAGUUGCUAUCUUUAUUUCUGGCGCUCUUAAGAUGCUUCCUCUACCAUCUUGUUUUGUUUGUUAGAGGUCUCUUCUUGUCUUGUGUCUUGCCAAAUUUUGAAAAGAAGCCCUCUGAGAAAGAAGUUUUUGAUCUUGUUCUGGUUUGUUUACUCACUGAGCAACACAUUUGGUUUUGUGUUUUUGAUACGAAUGUGUUGCUCAUUGAGUGACUUCAUCUUUCGGUACUUGUAUCUUUAGAAUACACUAACAACUGCCAACUCUCUUAGUAGUGCAGUGAUAUUUUAGGUAGUUUACAUGUGUUUCUUAUCUAAUUUUUUUGUUGAAAUGUUGUAGAAAAUGGUCCAAUGAGCACUUGUAUCUAUUUUAUAUAUCUAUCGUAUUGUCCAGUAAUUUUCUGUCUUAUUAGGUCAUUACUGUAACUUAGUUCUAGGCUGUAUUUUUUAUACUUUCCUUUCAUGCCGUACUCAAGUGUAAGGUGCGACUUAUUUUGAUAUUAAAAAAAAAAAUAAACACAAUCUAUUGAGAUGGAAUAAAAA